AUGGCUGUUUUAAGAGAAAUAUUCACAAAAUUGGCUGAAUCAGAUUUGCUAGAAGUCUCAGAUGACUCGAGUGACUCGAGUGAGUUGAAGGAUCCAUUCAACUACCCCACCUACACCAGAGUAGUUGCUGAAUCAGUCAAAUUCAGUCUCACUGAUUUCUACUCAAUAAUCACUAACGGAAUACUCCUUCACAGUUCCAAUAGUCAGUUCAUUCUGUUUGAGUACUAUAGAAGCAGUAACAAGGGUAGUAGAAUUGAACUACUCAAUUUCAUGUUAAAUAGGGUACACUACGGAAUUGAAGAUAGAAGCAAGUCAGUAACGUGGGAAGCAGGACUGUUUGCAACAUUUGUAGCACGAAAUAGGAUGAUAUACGCUGAUUUUGGUGCUGAAUUCAUCAACAAACUCAUCAAGGCGUUUCUUAGGGUGGUAACUGAUGGUGGAUGUAUCAAUGGAUCAAUUAUUGGGUACUACUUGUACAUGACCAUUUACUAUGAUGGAGUAUACGAGGAGACAGGAAUAGACGAGGAAGUAAUGGCAGAAGCAGUAACCAAGGGUGUAGUAAUAAGUGAUGGAAUAUACGCGGAAUACCGUAAGAAGAAUAGUGGGGUGAUUAUGAGUAGUGGCAGUACCAGAAUGGAGUACCCAUUUGAUAGACCAAAUGAUGAAAGAGUCUUUGAAAGAAUAAGGGAGAUGUACAGGGAGUACGGUGGUGAUUAG